UAGCUAAUAGGUUCAUUCAUUAUUCCAGCAGUUGUGUUCACGGUAAAACGUGAAUGUGCAGGCAGGAGCCUUGAAUAACGGGGUACAUGUGUUGUAACCUUUAUUAAUAAUGUUCAGAGAUAGUGUCGGGACCAGUUUGGCAUACAGAUGUUACCACCUGGGGAGAAAGACACUGUUAGUCUAGUACUCUAACGGUAGGGACUUUUUGUUAUCACACUAUUUUAUUGUAUUAGGAGUCUAAUAAUGAGCAGUAUGAAUGAUACACCGACUAUCCGCCAACAGAGCUCGGAAAAUAACUCUGUCAGCAGUAGUGAAUGGGAUAUGGCAAAUGAUGUGUUUGUGUCUGGCUACGAGGACAACCCGGGGGGAGACGGGGGUGUCGCUGGGGACCGGGACCGGGACCUGGACCGGGACAGGGACCGGGACAGGGACCGGGACAGGGACCUGGACAGGGACCGGGACGGGGACCUGGAGCAACCCGGCCUGGACAGACACCUGCCGCUUUUGUCCCAGGAUGGCUUGAUGCUGGGCCUGGCUGGGGAGGAAUACUCCGGUUCAUCCUAUCUGGAAAUUGAUCCAAACUACACUGAAAGUGACGGAAAUGUCACAACCAAGAAGCGCAUCCGAUCUAAUAGCUCCAGGCACCGCGGCGAGGUCGUCACGGAGCUGGGACCGGAGGAGGUCCGCUGGUUUUACAAAGAGGACAAGCGGACGUGGAAGCCAUUUGUCGGACACGACUCCUUAAAAAUCGAGGUCGUCUAUCGGAGAUUCGGCGAACAGAACCCGGACAAGGUCAAACGGUCCGUUGAUCCGCCCGAGGCCGCGGGGAAGGAGCCCGAUGAUAUCCAGCCGGAAGGCGGAGCGGUGGACCGGGGAGGUGGCCGGGCGGAGUGGACGGAGGAGACGAGGCUCCCGGACCACGAGAGCAUCACCGUGGAGGCAGUGUGUGUCCGAGGGGGGCUCUACGAAGUGGAUAUCAGGGAGAAGGAAUGCUACCCUGUUUACUGGAACCAACAAGACCGUAUUCCUGUGAUGAGGGGUCAGUGGUUCAUUGAUGGAACGUGGCUUCCCCUUGAGGAGGACGAGAGUGACCACAUCGAGAUGGAACACCUUGCCCGUUUCCGGGGGCAACAGAUGAGGGACACUUACGAGAUGGAGGUGGUGACCACCACAGUCGACAGCAAGGAUGCCAUCCACAGUCUGAAGCUGAGCAGGAGUCAUAUGGACUGGCACAGUGUGGACGAGGUGUACCUGUACAGCGACGCCACCACCUCCAAGAUCGCACGUACUGUCACUCAGAAACUGGGCUUCUCUAAAGCCUCUAGCAGCGGGACACGUCUCCAUCGGGGUUAUGUAGAAGAGGCAGCACCUGAGGACACCCCACCUGAAACCACGCACAUCGUCUUUGUGGUGCAUGGUAUCGGCCAGAAGAUGGACCAGGGCCGCAUCAUCAGGAACACCAGCAUGAUGAGAGAUGCUGCCAGAAAGAUGGAGGAGAAGCACUUCUCUGAUCGCACCACAGAGCAUGUAGAGUUCCUUCCUGUGGAGUGGAGGUCAAAACUGGCUCUGGAUGGAGACACAGUGGACUCUAUCACCCCAGACAAAGUGAGAGGUCUCAGAGACAUGCUGAACAGCAGCGCCAUGGACAUCAUGUACUACACCAGCCCUCUGUACAGAGAUGAGAUUACCAGGGGUUUGACUCUGGAGCUGAAUCGUCUGUACUCACUCUUCUGCUCGCGAAAUCCAGACUUUAAGAAAAAUGGAAAGGUGUCCAUUGUAUCACACUCUCUGGGCUGCGUCAUCACCUUCGAUAUCAUGACGGGUUGGGACCCUGUGCGCUUUCAUCAUCAAGAAGCACCAGACCCGGAGGAAACAAAGGUGCGCUGGCCGAGUGAUGAAGAGCGCCACCUUCAGGAGCAGCUGAGACUCACACGCCUCAGGUUGAGGGACUUGGAGGAUCAGUUCCAGGGUCUGCGUACCUCGAUUUGUGCAGUGCCAGCCUUGAAAUUUAAGAUCGAAAAUUUCUUCUGCAUGGGCUCUCCUCUGGCUGUCUUCUUGGCGUUGAGAGGGAUACGGCCUGGAAACUAUGGUGUGCAGGGCCACAUCCUCCCCACAUCUAUCUGCAAACGCCUUUUCAACAUAUUCCAUCCCACAGACCCUGUGGCAUACAGAUUGGAGCCUCUAAUCUUAAAGCACUACAGUAACAUUGCACCUGUUCAAAUCCACUGGUACAACACCACCAGCUCAACACCAUACGAUCAGAUCCGGCUCACACUGCUCAACCCCUCGAAGGAAACUGCAUCUGUCUCCGACUCAGAGAGCAUCCCCAGUCCCUGCACCUCCCCACCCCAGGCCAGACGCCAUUAUGGAGAGUCCAUCACCAGCCUUGGCAAAGCCAGCAUCAUGGGUGCUGCCAGUCUUGGAAAGGGAAUCGGAGGAAUCCUGUUCUCCCGCUUUUCCCGUUCUAGUGGCCAGGUGGGUGGAGUGGAGGAGGACCCAUCAGAUUCUGAGGGUGGGGCCUCUGAAGUUGAAAAUGUGGCAUCCGGAGAAGAAGGAGCAACAGUGGCAGAGAGUGAAGAAAAGGACAAAGAACUAGAGGAGGGGAGGACAGAGGCGGAGCCUGCCAUGUACCAGUCCGCCUCAGCUGUCAUGGAUAACACCUCCUUGGAAUUGGAAAGACGCAUCGACUUUGAGCUGCGUGAGGGCUUGGUGGAGAGCCGCUAUUGGUCAGCAGUAACCUCACACACGGCCUAUUGGUGCUCUUAUGAUGUGGCGCUGUUCCUCCUCACCUUCAUGUACAGACCACAAGAGUUUCUUGAACCUGCAGAAGACAACCCAGAGACCGCAUAACAUGCAAACUGACACAUCACGGCUGGGGUCCUUUCACUUUCUAUUCACCUCUUUUAAAAUAUGACAGACAUAAAAUGAAGAAUGAAUUGUCUUUAUUCAGUCAUUCUUAAUUUUUUCAAAUAUCUUAUUUCCGAUAAAAAUACAAGUGAAAAGAACAAUUAUUAUAUUUAUUAUUUGGAAAUGUGGAAUAUUGGAAUACUCAUUCAUAUUUGUAAUCAUGUUUACUUUUAGUUUGAUCAAAUAAUGAUUAAUGCAACUUUAUUAUAUGUUACUACUAGUUGAUUUGAUUGGAAGACACAAGUCUAAAGCCCUGCUAGCGGGAUAAAGGCUGGAUAUUCAUUGAACCCCACAACUCUACAGUGUUGCACAAAAUAUUUGCAUAGUUAUAUUUUUUAUUUAAAGUAGCCAUAGAUCUUUCUCCCACAAAUGGCUAAAAUGAUUGCAAUUUGAUUGAAUGAUUUAAUUUCAGAAUUGGCAGUCC